AUGCCCCCUUCGUCUGGUAAAGGAAAAAGGAAAUCUUUCGAAGAAGAAACUAUAAACGAACCUUGCCGCAAAAAAGCCAAACAAAACAAAAAAGACAGGGACAAAUCAAAGAAUAAGGAAGCGACUCGAGACACAGAAACAACCAGCACAUUAACAACCAAAGAUCUUGAAGUUAAUGAUAGAGGUGCACACCCUUUUUUGCAUUUACCUGGUGGUGGUAGGAUAAAACGACUGGUGGACAAUUCACCUUCUAAAGCUUCUGCAUCGCAAAUAACAACAAUAGCCUCAGACUUUAACAUGGCGGAAUUCUCCUCACGCAUUAAUCAAUACGUGUCAGAACAUAGUGUCGAUGAUAGUCGUGUAUAUCCAUUUUUGCAAUUACCCGGUGGUAGAAUAACAUAUUUACCUUCAAAAGAAUCAUCAUCAACAUCGACACUAACGAAUGCCAGAGAUGCUUUUAAGAUACUCGAAGAUGAGCUAAAAGAGGAGUAUAAGCAACUAUCAGAAUUAGAAGAAUCUUUCGAAAAACAAUUAAGAGAUUUAGCAGAAGAAGAGGAUAUUCUUAAAAAUAUACUUGCAGAUAUGUGUGAUGACUCGGAAGAAACGGUGGAAUCAUUAUUUUCAAAUUUAAAUCCUGAAGAAUCAUCAUCAGAUAUAACAUCCAACAUGGGUCAAUCCUCUGGAAACCCCCCACCGCCUCCUGAUUACUUUGACGAUAAUUAUGAUUCGGGAAUUUCUGUUCAUUCUCCCUCAAUAGAAGACACUUUACGUUUCGUCGAUGAUAUACUGAAUAAAAUACCAUCGGGUUCCGAUGAUGCAGGACAGCUAAAUCAGUCUAAUUGA